AUGCAUCAAGCUACAACUACUACAAGCUCAAUUUCACAAUCAAGUUUUGAAUCUUCACCAUCUUCUAUUAAAACAUAUCCUAAUAGUCAAAAUAAUUCACAACCAAAGUUCAAAUUUAAUUUGAAUCCCAAUAACGCAAAAGAUACAAAUAGUACCAAUUCUAAUCUCAAAGAUUUAUUAACUAAUAAUAUUAAUGAUAUUGAUAAUAUUUGGAAAAUGUAUAAUAAAGCCAAAGAAUCAUUACCUUAUAGAACAAGAAUGGAGAAUUUAACAUGGAGAAUGAUGUUUUUAAAUAAUAAUUAUAAUAAUAUGGUUCUUAAAGAUAAUUUUACAAGUAUAAAAACUGAUGCCACGCCACAAUUAAAGGAAAAGGAAAAGCAACAACAAAAUCAAAUUCAAAAUCAAAAGCAACAACAAAAACAAAAACAACCACCACAACCAUUAAAUCCACAACAUCAAAAUCGCCACCAUUCUCAAAUGGAUAUAAAAUAUGAACUGGAUUUAAAUUUAAAUUCUUAUCAAGAUUCUAAUUCUAAUUCUAAUUCUCAUUAUCAUCAUCAAAAUCAUCAUACUCAUAAUCAUUUAGAUCAUCAUCCAAUACAUAUUUAUCAAGAUCUAGAUAAUAGUGGUGAAGAAUUUGAUUAUGUAGCUCAUAUCAAGAAAAUUAACAAUUUAAAUAAUAUUAAUAACUCAUCAGGUAUGACUUCAAUAAGUAGUAGUAGUAGUAGUACUAAAAAAAGACCAGCCAAGUUUUCACCGGGUUUAACAACAACUAAUCAACAUAAUAAUCACUUCCAACAAUUUCAAAACCAUCAUCCACAUUCUAAUUUAUCUCAACAAUUGAAUGAAUUUAAUAAACAACAAAAUCACCAUCAAAAUCAAUUCGAUUUUAAUCAUUAUCAAUUACCUAGUUCAUCAUUUGAGUUUUCAUUAGAUCCAUUAGCAUUUGAAGGUCCUAAUAAUAAUUUUAACAAUCAACCAAAAAUUUCUGAUUUCAAUUUUGAAGAAUCUUUUGUGUCGAGUUAUGAAAAAUCAAUUUUUGAUCCUACCAACGAUAAUGAAACUCCACUCACAAAUGUGAAUUCAUUUUCAAACUCAACUAUAAUACCAAUAAAUACUCAAAUUAAUCAAUCUCAAUCUCAAUCUCAAUCUCAAUCUCAAUCUCAAUCUCAUAGUAGGUAUAAUUCGAUAGUGGCAACUCCAAAUAGUUUAUUAAGACAAGAUAAUUCAUUAAUUUCAUUACCUGAUUAUGCAAAAACCAAUAACAAAACUAAAUUCACAUUACCUUCACAAUCCAACUCGUCAUAUUUUGAACUUCCCAUAUCGAACUCAUUACCUAAUCAAUCAAAUAUGGAAAACACAAUUAAAAAGUCAAAAAAGAAAACUAACAAAAAUAAUACAAAUUCAAGUCCUAUAGAUCAAGAUUCAAAUAGUCGUAGUGGUGGAGUUUCAUGUACAAAUUGUCAUACAAAGACCACUCCAUUAUGGAGAAGAAAUCCUCAAGGUCAACCAUUAUGUAAUGCUUGUGGAUUAUUUUUGAAAUUACAUGGAGUUGUUAGACCAUUAAGUUUAAAAACUGACGUGAUUAAAAAGAGGCAAAGAGGUAAAGGUAAUAAUAAUGAGAAAAAAGAAGUGGUGGAUGAUGGAGAUGAUUUAAAUCCAACAAAUUUUAAAAAAGAAACAAGCAAACAACAAAGGCCAAAUUUUAAAAAAUCAAAAUCAACAUCUAAAAUAACUAAAGAUCAAUCAGCACAACAAAGUAUAAAUCUAAAUGAACUAUCUCAAUUGAAUCAAAGCUUGGUACAUGAUAAUAAUCAAAAUCUAAUGUUGAUUGAAGAUGAUAAAACCAGUACAGGCAAUAAUAAUUGGGAUUGGCUAAAUAUGUAA